UGAGGCUUCUCAGGGCACUCUGUGAAGAUCACAGCUAUUUCUUCUUUCUUACUAAGAGUAACCAGGUCUCUCCGCUGAAGGAUGCAGGGCGUUCUGGUUACAGAAGAGCACAGUCUCUGAUACCACACAGCUGCAGGGAUGAAAGACCAAAGAGUCACCUUCUCAAGACUGAAUCUGGCCAAGGACACUAAGUGGCAUCAAACAAAACCUAGGGGUGGGAAAAACUCCGUUUCAGUGACUGAACAAGAAAUAACCCACGAGGAAUUAAACCUUCAAAAUGCUACUCUGAAUCUCCAAGGGGAAGACAUGCCGGGCUCCCACACAUUCUUACCGUUACCUCCAGACAGGCACCAGCUCACGGCUGAGAUCCUGGGAGUCAUCUGCAUUGUCCUGCUGGCCUCUGUGUUAAAAAUGAUAGCUUUUAGUCCCUUUAUAUUAAAACAGGAGCAGAAUAGUUCCUUCAUGGAUGUCAGAACUGAGAAAGGAUAUCCUUGUGGUCGUUGUCCAGAGGAGUGGUUCACAUAUUCCAGCAAUUGUUAUUACACUAGUAAGGAAUUAAGACCUUGGAAUGAGAGUUUGAUGGCCUGUGCUUCUAAGAACUCCACUCUGCUUUAUGUAGACAAUGAAGAAGAAAUGCAAUUUCUGGACUCCUUGUCACUUUGGUCAUGGAUUGGAGUCUUUCGUCAGAGCAGUGAUCAUCCAUGGGUGUCAAGAAAUGGCUCAACUUUCAAACUUAAUUUUUGGCCGGGGCUGGGUUUGAACCCAUACCUCUGACAUAUGGGGCCGGCACCCUACUCCUUUGAGCCACAGAUGCUGCCCCCGAGAAAAAAAAAUUUUAUCAGCUCACUUGUUUUGAAAUAGUUGAAAAAAACCGUGGUAAACGUAACUGUGCUGUACUAACCUCACUUAGACUUCAAUCAGAUGAAUGUGGAUCUCCAAAGAUUUAUACCUGUAAGCAGAAGCUUUAGAAGGAAAGCACCUGAGUUUGGAUUCGGCUCUGCAAUUUUAUAAUUUGUGAAAUGGAAAUAAUAUUUUUAUUGAAUAAAUCAACAUAAAUUUUUAUUUGUUUAUAAAUGAAAAGAUUAAAAAAUGUUUGCAGUAUAACACACACCACAAAGAACAGGAUAUCAUCACUUUUGUGUCUGGCUCUUUUUGCUGAGCAUUGCGUGUGCGGCAUGUCACCUUGUUAAAGUUACAUGUUAUGUGCGUCUGUUUAUAUAAAAUAUCAAGAAUAGGCAAACCCAUAGAGAAAGUGGAGUAGUGGUUGCCGAAAGCUAAGGGGAGAAUGGAAUAAGAUGCGACCAUAAAUUACAUUUUUUCAUUUUGGAGUGAUGAAAAUUUUGCAACCUUCAGAGGUGAUUUUAGUUAUGAAUCUGCAAAUAUACUAAAAGUUUAUGUAUCUGUAUACCUAAAUGGAUCAAAUGUAUACAUGACAUUUGCAUAAAAAAUAUUUGAAAACAACUCUCCUGGGAUUAUGUUUGGGGCUGUCACAUUUAAAUAUUCUGCCUCUUUUUGAAGUUGACUUUCCCAAGUAAUAUCGUGCUAUAUCUGAAAAUCUAUCAGGUUUUCUUUGAUUUCUCUCUGUCAUAUUUUGUAUUUUUUGUAUUGAAGUUAUGUAUAAAUAUAGCUAUUUUCCAUUUAUGCUUUUGUAAACAGCAUCCUUAUUUUAAAAUUUUCUUUAUUUUGUUGUAGAAAUAUAACUGAGGUUUGCAUGUUGAUCUUAUAUCCAGUUACUUCAUUGAUUUUGUGUAUUAAAUCCUGUAAUUCAGGUAUAGAGUUUUCUGAAUUUUUGAUGUAAACUACUA